GACAGUCUACCCAGCAAGAAACAGAAAACGUGAUCGAAGUUUUGAUGUUGCAGCUAGGUAGAGAAAAAUAAUCAUUUCUGAUCAAAACAAAACAAACCCGAUCGAAAAACGUUUUGUUUUGAUGAAGCUAUGGGACUUUUACUGAAAGCACCACCACAUAGACCGAAUCCACGGUUGACUUUUCUUUUUUGUGAAGCACAUUUCUAAGCCUAUAAGUUUCUUACUAGAUGAACUAACGGGGUCAAUCAAUCGUCAUUUUGUAGAGUGUUUUUUACUGCAUCUUUUCUUCAUAGAGACAAAUUUACAACCACUUGUUUCACUAUAGAAAAAUUUAUUAUUCAAAUCGAGUCAGGACUUCUGGCCCACCCUUUAUGUACAAUUCAAAACAGAUAACUUACGCCAACGUUUUGAAAAAUUAAUCAGUGUUUCCGACACGUCACAACUGCUAUUUCCGUAUGAUUCUUGGUAUCCAACAUUUGAACAAGUGAAGAUGCAAAGCUUCAAAAUCACACUGGUUUAUGACUGUCGUAUGCCCUUCGAUGACACAGUCACAACGUGUAGUCAGUGUUUCAAUUACUUACAUCAUUACCACCUUAUCGAGCACCAUAGCCACUGUAAAGCAAUACUUCUCAAAAGCCCAUUGUACACAAAAGAAACUGAGGAAAAUCUGCGAUUUCAAAAGCAAUUGACAUCUCGUCCAAAAUGUAACGAGCAGUCAGCACUAAGAUCGCAAGCAACCGACACUCAGGAAGAAUCUGACAGCAGAAAACAGUCAUCGCCAAUGUCAAAAAGAAUCGAGAAACAAGCGAAAUUUGGAAAUAGGGAGCAAUUGGCACAAAUUGCACAGAAAGUAGCAGAAGCAGAUAACGUUGAUUUUGGUAUGAAAAUGCUGAGUGGUGUCAGCAAUGAAACUGCUACGACUGUAAACAACGCUCGUGAAGAAAUUGUUCGACCUCCACCAAAAUCUGCCGCACCUCAGAUUCAACAUCAUAAAAAGUUGUCUUCUGAUGCGAUGUAUACGCUAACACCCACAUGUUCAAACAUAUUGAAGAAUGAAGCUUGUAAUAUCAUCUCCGAUCUAAAUAAAAGAAAGAUACAAUAUGUCGAUGUUGAUAAAACGACACAAUUUGAACUGUUUGGUGAGGGUGCCGAUUCAACUCCACGUACAUCUAGAUGCACGUGGAACUGA